GUUACCUCGAGCUCCGCCAAUAUGUCGAAGGUCUUCCCUGCAUAUAUUGGAAAACCACCACCGCAUGUUCUGAAGAAACGACGACAACGAGAGGAACAAGCGCGAGCACGCGAACUGUCCCCCGCAGUCCCCGACCCUGAACCAUCCACACCCGCUCAUUCAGACCGCGCAGACGUCUUUGGAACGAUUAAUCGCUCUGCAACACGCGUCUACAGGACCUAUGCGCACAAACGAACCCGAUCUACUGCGCGUUCGGGCGCAGAAGCGGAGUCAGGUGGAGAGGAGGAGGAGCAAGGUUCUCGAUCAUCAUCUCCAAAAGGAUCUUCAUCAGGUUCCCCUACCAAACGUUCACAGAAGGAGCGUGCGAGAUAUAGCGAUGCCGCUAGCCCCGCAAAACGGCCGAGACUAGACGACGAAGCAGAGGACGACCAUAUGUAUGUAGAUCCCCUGACAUUUGAUGAUCCCUUUCCUGCCCUGCCCGCCGCGUCGACUUCCCAAGGCCCGGCUCGCCGUCGCAAGUCCUCCGUCUACGUCGAAAUCCAAAUACCAGCGAGGCGUCCGCGUUCUCAGACUCAGCGAGGAACGUCUCCGGCAGAGCCAGAGGUGCAAACAGAAGCACCCUCUACGAGCUCGGCACGUCGCAGAGGACGACCUUCAAAAGUGAAGCCGAUCUCCAUCCCUACACCAUCCGCCACAUCCGAUGAAGGCGUACCACGAGAAGCGGGCCGCCAGCAUCGUGCUUCGGGGUAUUCCAUGACGCUAGUCGAAGCUUUGAACAAUUCAUUUGCCACGUCUGACACGCCAGUGCGCAUGGAGCCCGACGAGGAGCAGUCCAUCGCUCGUCCUUCCAACCCAGAGUCUGACCCAGUCAAGCGGGGACCGGGCAGAGUUCGCGGCAGUGGACGUGGACGUGGACGCGGGAGGGGUAGCGGGCGGGGACGGGGUCGCAGCGCCGGUUCUCCAGACCCGGUCAUGUCCCACAGAGGGGUUUACAAAACAUCUCCAGCACACAGCACGCGAUCAGCUGCCUCUAUGCCGACCUGGACCGCUCUUCCCACUAUAGAUGUAGGUUCCCCCACAGCACAUCAGCCUCCGCAUAUCUACGCUCAAGAGAAAGAGGAGAGCACCGGUGACGAGCUCGAAACCGUGGCUCCUCCUGUAACACCGAAGCGUCCUCGCGGCCGCCCUCGCAAGAACCCCCUUCCAGAGGCCUCGACGAGUGCAGCAGCUGCGGGCAUGACAUCCGGGCAGCGUAAAGCUCUAGUACCACGCACCCCCGGCCGGUCCAGAAGGGCGACGGCGGAUCCGGCUACUCCCACUCCCAAACGCCGCGGUCGUCCCCCGGGAACAAAGAACAAGGCGACCCUCGCGCGUGAGGCUGCUGCAGCGGAGGUGGCACGGAGGCGAGCAAGCUUCCCCAGCCUUCCCAGCCUCCCAAUAUCUAGUGCUGCGAUCCUCAAGCAGACCAGCGCAAAUGCAAUUCACGCUCUCCCGCCGCCUGCCAAACGCGGCCCCGGACGGCCUAGGAAGAGUGCACCCGUAUUUCCGACCAUGUUCGCGUCGGACACGAUAGAUUUCUUGGAGCCGCUGAAGGAUCCGGAUGACGACGACGACGCGCCGAGCCCGGCUAAGAGGACCCGGUCACGGUCGAGGCAGAGGAGGGCUAGCGUUUCUGGGACUCCGGGGCCGGCCGAGAAACCAGCUGCCACUCCGCGGCGGGGCCGUAGUGCGUCGUCUGCGCGAACUCCUCGUUCGGGACGGGAUAGCGCGAAUGCCGCCGCCGUCACCGCCACACCGAAAGCCCCUGCGUCGACAUCGCAAUCCACGUCCAGGUUCUACCUCGAUCCAGUGGCUCUGGAGUGGCGUCCCCGCAGACGUCCGGCAUCUGUGUCCCCCCCGAAGGCGAAGCGUCGUCCGCGCCCUGCGCUCCAUGCGGGCGCGAAAGCGGCAGAGUUCCAGAGCCGGAAGAAGCUGUGCGACGCGCUGAAACGCGCGCUGCUCGAGGCUCCGAUGCCGAAGGUGAAGCAGGUCACUCCAGCCCAGCAGAAGCAGAAGCAGCAGCAGAAGCAGAAGUCAAACAAGAAGGGAAAGAAGGGGGAUGGGGAUGAUGGCUUGAAGGUCGCGCCUUCCGGCGUGCUACUGUUUGGUGACAAGUCCGCAGAGGAGGCGGGAGAGGGAGAGAGCGAAGACGAGGUGAGAGGGGAGGCGAUGGUGGUGUUCAAUGGCUCGUGGGCCGUCAUAACGGACCCGAAGGUCGUGUUCGACGAUGCGCUCGCGCUGAGGACGUUGCACGAGGUCGUCAUGGGCAUAGGGGCUUUCAUAAGCUCCGAAAGCCCGACGUUUUACGAGAUCGACGGUGGGAAGACAAUAACCGUCGCAGUACCGUGCGGAUGUAUGUCGCUGCGCGAGGGCGCGUCGUCGUCCACGCCCAAUUCGUCCGCGUCGAACUCGAGGCUUGAGUGUAUGGGUGAGAUGGCUGUGAGCGUCGCAGAAGAGAUAGUCCCGCUCGGCUUUGCGGGUACGGCGAGGGGCAUGCGCGCAACGGUCUUGGUUACCCAUUAGCGUGUACAAUUGUACGUAUCGGCUCGAUUGCGAGACGUGUAGACGAGUAACCUCUGUG